CUUCACCGCAGCGCCGACGGGAUGUACGAGGUCUCCUUCUGCUCCAACGCGGUGAUCUCCUACGAUGGCAGCAUCUUCUGGCUGCCUCCGGCCAUCUACAAGAGCGCCUGCAAGAUCGAGGUGAAGCACUUCCCCUUCGACCAGCAGAACUGCACCAUGAAGUUCCGCUCCUGGACCUACGACCGCACUGAGAUCGACCUGGUGCUGAAGAGCGAGGUGGCCAGCCUGGAUGACUUCACACCCAGCGGCGAGUGGGACAUCGUGGCGCUGCCAGGACGGCCCAUCAACCUCAUCAGCCCCUGCAUCCUCAUCACCUCCCUGGCCAUCCUCGUCUUCUACCUCCCAUCCGACUGCGGCGAGAAGAUGACGCUCUGCAUCUCUGUCCUCCUCGCCCUCACCGUCUUCCUGCUGCUUAUCUCCAAGAUCGUGCCGCCCACCUCACUGGACGUGCCGCUGGUGGGCAAGUACCUCAUGUUCACCAUGGUGCUGGUGACCUUCUCCAUCGUCACCAGCGUCUGCGUCCUCAACGUGCACCACCGCUCGCCCACCA